AUGAGCGCCGACGGCUUCCUCCUCUCGCUGGAGCGGCUUCUCGCCGCCGUCGGCUGGGCGCACGGGCCGCCGCUGGCGCUGGCCGGCUGCUCGCUCGGCGGCGUGCUCGCGCUAAAGUACGCGUGCGCCCACCCUGCCCGAGUGGCGCGGCUGACGCUGGUUGCGCCGGCGGGCCUCAGCGAGCCGGCGUGGAACCUCCCCUUCCACGUCCUCAGCCGGCUGGUCGGCUCCCUCCCGCACAAGCUAGCCGAGCUCUGCCGGCAGACGCCGACCUACGGCGUGAACGAGGAGGAGGUGGUGGCGAUGGCGGAGCGGCUGCGGCCGGAGGGCGGUCUCAGGGUGGUGGUCGCCGGCUGCGACCUCGUGCACACGCCCCACGAGGCGUUCUGGACGUCGCUCGUGCCGCCGUCCAACUUUUCCCUCCACCGGCUCACAUCGCACUGGUGGCUCUGCAGCCACCUCUUCGGGCUGCGGCUGCACGAGGAGCCCGGGUGCUGGGAGAGGAGCGCGGCGCAGCCGCGAUCAAGACUCUGA